AUGUCUGGAACGAAGGUCCUCAUCAAAGAGUCCGCCAUGCCGGUGGAUAUGCAACAAGACUGCGCCGACUGCGCCGCACACGCGCUCUUCACCUUGAAGCUACACGAACAAACCGAACUCGCUCAGUUCAUCAAGAAGGAGCUGGAUAUCAAGUACGGCGGGCAGUGGCACUGCAUCGUCGGACACUCUUUUGGUUCCUGCGUCGGCCAUGAUGAGGCGUUCUUCGUGUACUUUGAGAUCAACAGCAUCUUCUUUAGCAUGUGGAGGAUGAACAAGACGCUCGAAGCGAAGCAGGUGUCGAUCGACAAUGCAGGGCGCAUUGUGCAGGCUACCACCUAG